CAACCUAGAGGACGCACGCGAGGAAAUCAACCUCAGAAUUCUCACUUACAAUGUUCUUUCAUUUUGUCCAUAUUCCAUUAGAUUUUUUUUUUCUUUUUUGGAAUCUGUGUCUCGAAAAUCCAUGAGGAUUUUAUGCAACCUUACUUCAAUAGUUAUCCCAACUCAACCUAAAUGAUUACGAUGAUACUCUGUCCUCUUCUUUUUGCUCUUUAUAAUCUCCUCUUACCCUUCCAUUUUUUUUCAUCCUUAACUUUCUUAUUUGUCUCCUUUUCUCUUCUAUCCUUCAAUUUUCAAGUGUUUAAAAAAAAUGGGUGAAAUAUCAGAUUGCUCUAAUGGAUUUAGCAAUGGGAAUAAUGGCUUGAACAAUGCAGUUGGAGGUCCAAGAAAGAGUUGUUGGUAUGAAGAAGAGAUUGAUAAUGACUUGAGAUGGUGCUUUGCUCUCAAUAGCAUUUUGCACACUGGUGCUACUCAAUAUCAAGACAUUCAACUCUUGGAUACAAAGCCCUUUGGAAAGGCUUUAGUCAUCGAUGGGAAGCUUCAAAGUGCAGAGAUAGAUGAAUUUAUCUACCAUGAAUGUCUUGUCCAUCCACCUCUGCUUCAUCAUUCCAAUCCUAGAAACAUAUUCAUUAUGGGAGGAGGUGAAGGUUCAACUGCCAGAGAAUUAUUAAGGCACAAGACAGUGGACAAAGUUGUAAUGUGUGACAUUGAUGAGGAGGUGGUGGAUUUUUGCAAGUCAUACUUGGAGGUUAACAAAGAAGCUUUCUCUGAUCCUAGACUUGAGCUUAUCAUCAAUGAUGCCAGGGCUGAGCUGGAAAGGAGGGAGGAGCAUUACGAUAUUAUUGUAGGAGAUUUAGCUGAUCCUAUUGAAGGAGGACCAUGUUACCAACUUUAUACAAAAUCCUAUUAUGAAUUCAUUGUUAAACCUAAACUUAAUCAAGGUGGCAUCUUUGUCACUCAGGCAGGACCAGCAGGAAUUUUCAGCCACACAGAAGUCUUUUCCUGCAUUUUCAAUACUCUGAAACAAGUUUUCAAAUAUGUGGUGCCAUAUUCAGCUCAUAUUCCUUCCUAUGCUGACACUUGGGGAUGGGUGAUGGCAUCAGAUACUCCAUUUGUUACAAGUGUUGAUGAAUUAGACCAGAGAAUCAAGCAGAGGAUCAAGGGAGAGAAUAGAUAUCUUGAUGGCAAAACAUUCACUUCAGCCUCUACAUUGAGUAAAGCUGUUCGAAAAUCAUUGAACAAUGAGACUCAUGUUUACACAGAAGGGAAUGCAAGAUUCAUUUACGGACAUGGAAGACACAAUCAAGUAUGAGACAUGAUGGAAUAGAAGUUGAAACGGGAGCUCCAUGAUUAUAGCACAUUAACAAAAAGGAAAAAAAAAAAAAAAAAAGACUUCCAAGUUGGAAAAAAUUCUACUUUUUUAUUUUAUUUCUUUUGCUUUCUCCUUAUGGUUUCAAGUCAAACUUAUCUAGGAGGUUCCUUACUUGUUUGUUCUUUUUUCGUUGGAAGUGGUGGAGGAUGGGGGGUGCCAUGUAGUUACUCUAAAUGAAAGAGGAGUUAUGGCUUAUGGAUCUUUCUUGUUGUUUAUGAAUUGCAAUAUGGUUUAGUAAUAUCGAAUAUUAUCUUUUAA